UCAGAGACUAAACCCACGCGACUCUGCCCCGAAGUCAAAGUCAAACAGAUGGUCGUUGUGUUUAAACAGUUCUUCGUUCUGUUUCGAUGUUUUCACAAAUAGAUCCGUGAUGGAUUUCAACCUCACGCUCGCCGGCCACGAGCUCGGCGCGCUGGCGCGCAGACUCUUUGGGAACAACUCGUUGCUUCCAUUUGAAAACACAACUUCCAAGACCGACGAGGAAGACUUGGAGGUCAACACGGACGUUUACUCCAAGGUGACAGUCACCGUCAUCUACGCCGUCCUGUUCGCCGUGGGCUCCGUGGGGAACUCCAUCACGCUGUACACUCUGCUGACCAAGAAGACGCUGCAGAACCUCCAGAGCACCGUGCACUACCACCUGGCCAGCCUCGCCGUGUCCGACCUGCUGAUCCUCGUGCUCUCCAUGCCCAUCGAGCUCUACAACUUCAUCUGGUUCCACCACCCGUGGGUGUUUGGCGACGCGGUGUGCAGGGGAUACUACUUCCUCCGGGACAGCUGCUCGUACGCCACGGCGCUCAACAUCGCCAGUCUGAGCGUGGAGCGCUACAUGGCCAUCUGCCACCCGUUCAAGGCCAAGAGCAUCAUGUCCCGCAGCCGCACCAAGAAGCUCAUCAGCGCCAUGUGGCUCGCGUCCUUCGCGCUCGCCGUGCCGAUGCUCUUCGUCAUGGGCCAGGUGAUGCGCAACGGCGAGAAGAUAUGCACCAGCACCGUGUCUCCUGUCACCCUAAAGAGCGUCCUACAGGUAAAUGCGUUUUUAUCCUUCGUGGUACCCAUGGUGGCCAUAUCUGCGCUGAACGGGGUCAUAGCCAAUCAGCUGCUGCGGAUGUUCCGCGAGGCGGAGCAGGAAAACCGCGUCUGUGUCGUCGGGGGAAAUGUGACCAUGCUGAAUGUCACCGUGGAGCCCAACCGCGCCCAGUCGCUCCGCCACGGGGUUCUGGUUCUCCGAGCAGUGGUCAUAGCCUUCGUGGUCUGCUGGCUGCCCUAUCACGCUCGCCGCCUCAUGUUUUGCUACAUCUCCGACUGGUCUGAUGACCUGUACGACUUCUACCACUAUUUCUACAUGCUGACCAACGUCCUGUUUUACGUCAGCUCUGCCAUCAACCCAGUCCUCUACAACCUGGUGUCGGCCACCUACCGCCAGAUCUUCUUCUCCACGCUGCGCUACAUCUGCUUACCAUGGCGCCAUGCACCCAGGAGGCACCCCCACCCCUUUACCCGCCACUCCAUCAGCAUCUCCAGCAACCACACCCUCUCCAGCAACAUCAUCAAAGAGACGACAUACUGAUUAGGCUGCUAUGGACCCGUCUGUGCCACAUUGUGAAUACCGAUCCGGCUUCAUAAUCCUAGAACCGGUUUGACAACGAUCGUCACGGACUGGUGGAGCACUGAGAACGCCAGCAUUUGGACACAAUGAGAUUUCAUUCAAGAUGAACAUUAAUCAUGUUGGAUUCUGUGUUGUCUUUUUUCAUUCAACAUGAGUUCGGGAAAUGAACAACAACAAUCACAUUUUACAAUGGAGGUAUGAAAAUAUAAAAUGAUAUUAAAUGGAAAAUGAUCUAUAAAGGAUUUAUACAGUACAAGUGUUUAACUAUACCUGUUAUUCACACUGUGCAUUGAAUACGACUCAUUGUUUUCAAGAAUCAACUUCAAAACCACUUAAAAGUACCUUCUACAUAACGAUGGCAAUACUUUCACCGCGACUAGUGCUGAUGCAACCCUCCUUUGUGUGAUGAACUUGGCUUUGAUGUUGUGGGGGAUGAAGUUGCAGAAUGUCGAUAUUUUCUCUUUCCGGGAUCCAAGGUGCAUUGACAGCUGGGUGGGAAGAAACACUUGCGUCAUCACCACUUUCCCUAAAUGCCUCUCUGGGCUUUGUUGAGAGCAGCCUUUAACCUUAUGUAGGUUGUCCUUAUGUUGUGAAUGAUGAGUGCACAUGGAAUUGGUAAAUAGUCAAUACAUUUCAGUGUGUAUACAGAGAAGUAGGAAUGUUGCAGUAUCCGAAAUGUACUUAGAACAAAGAGAAAACCAUUUGUAUUUAGUCAUUAAAAAGAUCAUUAUUAUUGCCAACAUUUAUCCAUCAUUUAGCAACAGCAUUUGGAAAGGCUAAUAGAAAGGAGCCGUUGCAAUGGGCCACUCAUCUUCUGAAUAAUGUGUGUAUGUAUGUUGGGUAGCAUAGUAUGCUUUCAUUGCAACUUUAAUGUUAUGUACAUAAAAUGUUUGAUUUUUUGCCCAGAGCACCAACUCAGUACCCCAAGAAAUAAUUAUAUUAAUAUUAUUUUAGGACCAAGAGUGAAGGGGGUCCUCAUAAUUGUACCAAAUGAAAGUUUCUUUCUGGCCUUGUUGCUUGUGCUGUCAGUAUUGUGAGGCAUGAUGUACAGUAUGCAGUGUGAAGGUAUGCAUGCAAUUGUAUGUUCCCUGAAGAGUAGAUGUAACUCUUGUAAAUUUUAUUUUUAUUUUACUUAUAUGUAAUUGAAUGUUUUUAUCCACAAGAAGCUGGGAAACCAUUUACCUCUACAUGUUUUUUUCCCAGAGAGAUCCCAGCCUGGAAUGUAGUCUUAAGAAAAGCCUCUAAACCCAUUUUAGCUCAAUUCAAAUGGAAAUACAUGUGUUUCAUAAGUGCCUUGAGCUGGAAAAAAAUCCCUCUGCAGUGAAAAAACGCAAACAACCCAAGUUUAGCUGGAUAACCGGAGCUUUGUGACUUCAUCAACACGAGCCGCAAUCAUCAAAAGAGCAGACUGCAAAAAAAAGGCUCUGGUUGCUUACACUUCCUUUUGCCGACUUUGUGCCCCGCUUUGCUACUACAUACUCAAUGCAUCUCUCAGCAGUAAAUUGACAAAAGAAGUGCUCGAGCGAUUAUUUUUAUGAGGGAAGAACUGGUCGUUUUAAUACAAGUUAUUUGUUGUAGGUAACAGUUACAGUAUUAGCUGUGCUUUGUAUUGGUUGAUACAAAUGUGUGUUCCUGUGCAGUAUCUGUGUUCCAGUUGAAUCUAUGGAGGCUUUAGCCAACAUACAUACAUAUAUAUAUAUAUAUAUAUAUAUAUAUAUAUAUAUAUAUAUAUAUAUAUACAUAAUAUCAAAUCUUUAUUCAGCCAAAAACCAUAAAACCCACUAGACACACUGAAUGAAAUAAAUGCUAAUAAUGAUAGUAAUGCUCAUGAUACAAAAAGAUGCUGUAAAUACCUAUCAUUUUGCAAACCACACAGAUGCAGCUGGACACCUAUUUAUUGUACCGCUCUGCACAGACGUGUACUUGGAUAAUACAUAGUGAAUGUGUUGUUGCAGAGUGGUUUCUGUAUUUAAAUCAAAAUAAUAAUUUGCUUAUUUUAACUGAUGAUUCCAAUCAGCCAGGUUAAUUGUAUUAGCAACGGUAUUGUUUAAUUGUAUUACAAACACAUAAUAAAGGAAUGAAUAUAUAUAAUAUGC